AGAAACCAAAAAAAAAUUCUUUAGUAAUAUGUUGAAUAUUUUUAUUUUUCUUUGCUUCGUUGGUGGAGCUUUUGCUCAAUCUUCUGGCAAUGGAUUUUGUAUUGAAAUCCCUUCCGAGAAUUUUGAUAAUGAAAAGCUUAUGGGGCGUUGGCGCGAUGUUUUGAUAAGUAAAACUAUUUCGGACAAGGAAAUGAAAUGUCAGGAAGUGAAUUUUACGUUAACUGCUCCGGAAGAAUAUAAAAUUAUUUACUCGGCACGAUCUACAGAGGAUAACGAAUACUAUUCAAUAUGGGGAAAGGGUAAGAUAAAUGGAAAUUUUUUUAACACAACGAAUCAUCUACCUAUUUUCGGACUGAAUUCAACAAGUGUUUACGUUAUCAAGUCUGUUAAUGAACUUUAUUUAGUACUAUACGGCUGUGAAUGUGAAGGAUCUAAAUGGUAA